GAAUGUGGUUUCUACGGAAUGUAUGAUAAGAUCCUGCUUUUUCGCCAUGACCCUACCUCCGAAAACAUCCUUCAGCUGGUGAAAACGGCUAACGAUAUCCAAGAAGGCGAUCUUAUUGAAGUUGUCUUGUCAGCUUCUGCCACUUUUGAAGACUUUCAGAUUCGUCCCCACGCUCUUUUUGUUCAUUCAUACAGAGCUCCAGCUUUCUGUGAUCACUGUGGAGAAAUGCUGUGGGGGUUGGUGCGUCAAGGCCUUAAAUGUGAAGGAUGUGGUCUGAAUUACCAUAAGAGAUGUGCAUUUAAAAUCCCCAACAAUUGCAGUGGUGUGAGGAGGAGAAGGCUCUCCAACGUUUCCCUCACUGGGCUCAGCACCGUCCGCACAGCGUCUGCUGAGCUCUCCACCAGCACCCCUGAUGAGCCCCUUCUGUCUCCUGUGAGUCCUGGCUUUGAGCAAAAGUCACCAUCAGAGUCCUUUAUUGGUCGAGAGAAGAGGUCGAAUUCUCAGUCAUACAUUGGACGACCGAUUCAGCUUGACAAGAUUUUGAUGUCCAAGGUGAAAGUGCCACACACGUUCGUCAUCCACUCAUACACCCGGCCCACCGUGUGCCAGUACUGCAAGAAGCUGCUCAAGGGGCUUUUUCGGCAGGGCCUCCAGUGCAAAGAUUGCAGAUUCAACUGUCACAAACGUUGUGCAUCCAAAGUACCCAACAACUGCCUUGGUGAAGUGACCAUUAAUGGAGAUUUGCUUAGCCCUGGGGCAGAGUCUGAUGUGGUCAUGGAAGAAGGGAGUGAUGACAAUGACAGUGAAAGGAACAGUGGGCUCAUGGAUGACAUGGAAGAGGCAAUGGUUCAAGAUGCUGAGGUGGUGAUGGCAGAGUGCCAGAAUGACAGUGGGGAAAUGCAGGACCCAGACCCCGACCCCGAGGACUCCAACAGAACCAUCAGUCCAUCAACAAGCAACAAUAUCCCGCUCAUGAGAGUUGUGCAGUCUGUCAAACACACGAAGAGGAAAAGCAGCACGGUGUUGAAAGAAGGAUGGAUGGUCCAUUACACCAGCAAGGACACCCUGCGGAAACGGCACUAUUGGAGAUUGGAUAGCAAAUGUAUUACCCUCUUUCAAAAUGACACCGGAAGCAGGUACUACAAGGAAAUUCCUUUAUCAGAAAUUUUAUCUCUGGAACCAGCAAAACUUUCAGCUUUAAUUCCUAAUGGAGCCAAUCCUCAUUGUUUUGAGAUCACUACGGCCAAUGUAGUGUAUUACGUGGGAGAAAACGUGGUCAGUCCUUCCAGCCCACCACCCAAUAGCAGUGUCCUCACCAGUGGUGUUGGUGCAGAUGUGGCCAGGAUGUGGGAGAUGGCGAUUCAGCAUGCCCUCAUGCCCGUCAUUCCCAAGGGCUCGACUGUAGGUUCAGGAACCAACUCGCACAGAGAUAUUUCUGUGAGUAUUUCAGUAUCAAAUUGCCAGAUUCAAGAAAAUGUGGACAUCAGCACAGUAUAUCAGAUUUUUCCUGAUGAAGUACUGGGUUCUGGGCAAUUUGGAAUUGUUUAUGGAGGAAAACAUCGUAAAACAGGAAGAGAUGUAGCUAUUAAAAUCAUUGACAAAUUAAGAUUUCCAACCAAACAAGAAAGCCAGCUUCGUAAUGAGGUUGCAAUUCUUCAGAACCUUCAUCACCCUGGUGUUGUAAAUUUGGAGUGUAUGUUUGAGACGCCUGAAAGAGUGUUUGUUGUUAUGGAAAAACUCCAUGGAGACAUGCUGGAGAUGAUCUUGUCAAGUGAAAAGGGCAGGUUGCCAGAGCACAUAACGAAGUUUUUAAUUACUCAGAUCCUUGUGGCUUUGCGGCAUCUUCACUUUAAAAAUAUCGUUCACUGUGACCUCAAACCAGAAAACGUGUUGCUGGCAUCGGCAGAUCCUUUCCCCCAGGUGAAACUUUGUGACUUUGGUUUUGCCCGGAUCAUCGGAGAAAAGUCUUUCCGGAGGUCAGUGGUGGGCACCCCAGCUUACCUGGCUCCUGAGGUCUUAAGGAACAAGGGCUAUAACCGCUCUCUAGACAUGUGGUCUGUUGGAGUCAUCAUCUAUGUAAGCCUAAGUGGUACGUUUCCGUUCAAUGAAGAUGAAGACAUACAUGACCAAAUCCAGAAUGCAGCUUUCAUGUAUCCACCAAAUCCCUGGAAGGAAAUCUCUCACGAAGCCAUUGAUCUUAUCAAUAACUUGCUGCAAGUAAAAAUGAGAAAGCGCUAUAGCGUGGAUAAGACCUUGAGUCACCCUUGGCUACAGGAUUAUCAGACCUGGUUAGAUUUGCGAGAGCUAGAGUGCAAAAUCGGGGAACGCUACAUCACCCAUGAAAGCGACGACCUGCGGUGGGAGCAGUAUGCAGGCGAGCAGGGGCUGCAGUACCCUGCUCACCUGAUCAAUCCAAGUGCUAGCCACAGCGACAGUCCUGAAACAGAAGAAACAGAGAUGAAAGCCCUCAGUGAGCGUGUCAGCAUCCUCUGAGUUCCAUCCCCUAUAAUCUGUCAAAACACUGUGGAAUUAAUAAAUACAUACGGUCAGGUUUAACAUUUGCCUUGCAGAACUGCCAUUAUUUUCUGUCAGAUGAGAACAAAGCUGUUAAACUGUUAGCACUGUUGAUGUAUCUGAGUUGCCAAGACAAAUCAACAGAAGCAUUUGUAUUUUGUGUGACCAACUGUGUUGUAUUAACAAAAGUUCCCUGAAACACUAAACUUGUUAUUGUGAAUGAUUCAUGUUAUAUUUAAUGCAUUAAACCUGUCUCCGCUGUGCCUUUGCAAAUCAGUGUUUUUCUUACUGGAGCCUCAAUUUGGUAAGAGUCUAUGGAACCUGUCCAUGAAAUAGUUCUGUUCUGUGUGUCCCAUUGGCGUUGUCAUUAUAAGGAAACUCUUGAAGAGUAGAUUAUUACUAGUUCUAUGAACAACUCCAAAACUCAUGUGGAAAAAAAAAAAGUGAAUGAUGGAAGAUGGGAGAUAGAAAUACAAUCCUAGACACAAGUGCAUGGAAGAGUUUACUGUAUAGUUUCAAAUCCUUUGCCUGCCUGGCGUGCCUCAGUAUGUUUAAACUCAAAGAAGUGGACCUAGUUGUACCUACUACUCAUAAGCCUAAAUGCCUUAGAAAUGUAAACUGCCAUCUGUAACAGAUAUUUCCCCCUUUCUUACAAUACCCUCUGUACUAUGGAAAAUCAGCAGCUAAGCAACCUUUUGCCUUUGUGUAUUUUUCAAUAAUAACAAAUAAAUAUUCUUGUCAAA